UUACUAAUUACAAACACCGACAUAACCUAUAACAUUACAAAUAACUGAAACUGUGUUAUGUAGUGUUGUAAUUGUAAUUACAGUUAGUAAUUAAUAAAGUUUGUUGGUUGCUCUAUAAAAGAUUUUCAAAUACUAAGUUGAAAACGUAAUGGAAAAUGGGAUAUGAUUUAGUUCAUAGACUGUUUUAUAAGAACUGAGAAUGAAUGAAGAUAUAUUUUUCCUAGUUAACUAUAUUGUCAUUUUGUAAUCAGGAAAGUGUAUAUCAUUUCCCACACCCAAAAUGUUGUUGAAGAGAGUUAUUUUCAGAAACUUACUACGCAACUGUAGUACACAACAUGUAAAGCAAAAAGCAGCUCACGUCCCUGUUAUGACUGAAGAAGUCUUGAACUUUUUAAAGCCCAUCAGUAAUGAAACCGAAACCAUAAUAGAUAUGACUUUUGGAGCGGGGGGCCAUAGCCGUAGACUAUUAGAAAAAUUUCCCAAUACCAAAUUGAUUGUUCUGGAUAGAGAUCCCAUAGCAAUGCAUUAUGCAGAUAAGUUGGCGGAAGAAUUUCCAUUUCGAGUUGUCCCCUUGCUUGGACGGUUCUCGGAUUUACCUGUCUUAUUGAAGUCGAAAGGCAUUAAACAAAAUUCUGUCGACAAUAUAUUGUUUGAUUUUGGAUGUUCGUCCAUGCAAUUCGACGAAGCCCAUAGAGGAUUUUCGGUUUCUGCUGAAGGGCCCCUUGAUAUGAGGAAAAAAGGAAAGAAAUUUUUAGAUUCUGUAACAGCAGCUGACGUAUUGGCCAAGGCUACAGAAGAGGACUUGUUCAAGAUAAUCAAGUUUUACGGAGAGGAAAAACAAGCCAAGAAAAUAGCGAGAGCUAUCGUCGAGGCGAGGUACUUGUUCAAAAAACUAACAACCACCAAAGACCUUGCCGACCUAGUCGAAUCGGUUUGUUCAGAAGACCAUAGACUCGACAAGCUACGGAGGAAGACCCACGUCGCCACCAAAACCUUCCAGGCUCUCCGCAUAUUCGUAAAUAACGAACUGAAUGAAAUAAACUACGGUCUGCUCUUGGCGCAUCGAUAUCUGAGAGUCGGAGGGAGGGUCGUGACCAUUACCUUCCAUUCUCUGGAAGAUACCAUCGUGAAGAGGCAGCUGAUGGGAAACAUGAUCGAGAACAUUGUAAACCCUUUGCCCCUGAAAUAUAUGAGUCAUUCGGAUUUCGUAGAUGAAGGUUUAGUGAAGGAGGUCAUGGAGUCUAAUUGGAAAAUGCUGCACCAACACGUGAUUGUGCCGACACUUGAAGAAGUGGAGAACAAUGCAAGGAGCCGGUCUGCCAAACUCAGAGCAGCUGUUAAACUGAAGUGAAAUUUCAAUGUUUCGAUGUAAUUGUGAUAUUAAUCCAGCCAAGAUAGACAAAGUUACAAUAGUCCAUUGAAUACACUGUUAUGAAUAAAAAAUCAAAAAUCUUUUUUUUUUGGUAUUUUUCUUCUGAACAGUAAGUGUUGAGAGACAGAGAUGAUGCUUUAUUGUCCAAGAAAAUACAUUCUUAUUGACAAAGCUUGUAACACAAUAUAAAUUAAUAUAGCACUUUGAACUGUUUAAAGUACACUAACAAUAAAAAGAACGUGAAGCGUUAUAAACUCCCACACUGGAAACAGGA